AUGUCUCGGGGGUUGGUGACGUUCAGAGAUGUGGCCAUUGACUUCUCCCCGGAGGAGUGGGCCUGGCUCCAGCCGGCUCAGCGAGACCUGUACCGGCACGUCAUGCUGGAGAACUACGGCCACCUGGUCUCCCUGGGUCUUCACAUUUCCAAGCCAGAUGUGGUUUCCUUACUGGAGCAAGGGAAAGAGCCCUGGCUGGGGAAAGAUGUCAAAACAGAUUUCUUUCCAGAGUCAAAUGGUGAUAUCAGGAAAUUUUCUCCAAAAGAUGUCAUAUAUGAAGAUGACUUAUCCCAGUAUUUGAUAAAGGAGAGGAAUCUGAACCAAGGCCCUGAACCCAGUUUUAAAGGAGGUUGGAAAUACGAGGAUGUUACUGAGAUGCUACAAAGAAGUCAGGGAUGUAUCAGGCAAGUGACAGUCUCUCAUCGAGAAGCCCUGACUCCACGUGGUGUCAGUACCGUGGAGAGGCCCUUUGGGUGCCAUGAAUGUGGGAAAACUUUCAGUCGGCGCUUUUCCCUGGUGUUGCAUCAGAGGACUCACACAGGAGAGAAGCCAUAUGUCUGUAAGGAAUGUGGCAAAACCUUUAGUCAGAUCUCAAACCUUGUGAAACAUCAGAUGAUACAUACUGGAAAGAAACCCCACGAGUGUAAGGACUGUAGUAAAACAUUCAGUUACCUUUCAUUCCUCAUUGAACACCAGAGGACACAUACUGGGGAGAAACCCUAUGAGUGUACUGAAUGUGGAAAGGCCUUUAGCCGUGCUUCAAACCUCACUCGACAUCAGCGAAUUCACAUGGGAAAGAAACAGUAUUUAUGUAGGAAAUGUGGGAAAGCCUUUAGCAGUGGUUCAGAACUCAUCCGUCACCAGAUUACCCACACUGGAGAGAAACCUUACGAAUGCACUGAAUGUGGGAAGGCGUUUCGCCGUUCUUCACACCUUACCCGACAUCAGAGCAUUCACACCACCAAAACCCCCUAUGAAUGUGCUGAAUGUAGGAAAGCCUUCCGUUGCCACUCCUUCCUUAUUAAACAUCAGAGAAUUCAUGCUGGAGAGAAGCUCUACGAAUGUGAUGAAUGUGGCAAAGUUUUCACUUGGCAUGCAUCCCUCAUACAACAUAUGAAAAUUCAUACCGGAGAAAAACCCUAUGCCUGUACUGGAUGUGACAAAACCUUUAGUCGGAGCUUUUCCCUCAUUCUACAUCAGAUAACUCAUACUGGGGAGAGGCCCUAUGUAUGUAAGGUGUGCAAUAAAUCCUUCAGCUGGAGCUCAAACCUUGCCAAACAUCAGAGAACGCACACUCUGGGGAAUCCCUGUGAAUAUGAAAAUUCAUUUAGUUUUCACUCAAUCCUUACUGAACACCAGGGAAUUCAUUCUGUUGAGAAAACCUAA